CCAGUCGAUGUCCAGGGGGAGGUGGUGCUCCAACGUGACUUCCUGCCGCCCUCCUCCCUCUCUGAGCGGGCAGAGGCAGAGGUGAGCCCCGCUGCUGCUGCACUUCACUCUGGGAAAGAAAAAGCGGCCGACGGACGGAUUAUCAGCUCAGUACAGUUAGCUCGUCGGCUAACGGGUCAACACCAAAACAAGCCACCGAGGGGGAACCAUGAAAACCCUCCAGUGAAAGUUAGGCACGGUUUACCCGAAGACUUUAAUGCACGGAAAGGCACAAAAAAGGAGGAUCCCGGAUCAUGCCUUCGGGAACGGGAAGGCUAGUUUAGGGGCUAGCGAGGCUGCAAACUAUUUUUAAUUGGCUUGAAUGGCUCCUGCUUGUGUUCUCCUGUCAUAGCGACAGUUUGGGGAAUUAAAAAAGAAAGGGAGAGGCCCUUCAUGACAAACCAAAAGCCCGGAUUUUAAAGCGUAAUUUGGGAAGAAAAGCUGCCAAAGGGACCCAAAAUGAAGAAGCAGUUCAAUCGGAUGAAGCAGCUCGCCAAUCAAACAGUUGGCAGAGCGGAGAAAACAGAAGUCCUCAGCGAUGACCUCCUGCAGAUUGAACGGCGCAUGGAGUUGGUGCGCGUCGUGUCGCACAACACACACAAGAGGAUGGUGUCGUGUCUACAGGGACACAUCGGAGCAGAGGCAGAAAAGAGACAUUCCGUUCCACGCCUCUAUACAGGAAACGGUCAGAAAAAGCUUCCUCUCACUGCACUAUCCCAGGCCAUGGUGGAAGGAGGAAACCAGUUGGGAGAGGACUCCUUGAUAGGGAAGAUGAUGGAAGUGUGCGGCGAGGCGGAGAAUCGCCUGGCGUCAGAGCUGAUGCUCCACGAGCUGCAGAUCGAGAAGGACGUCCUGGAUCCUCUCAGCCAGCUCGCAGAGGUGGACAUUCCCAACAUCCUGAAGCAGAGGAAACAGCUGGCCAAACUGGUGCUGGACUACGAUUCUGCCAGAGCACGAUGGUUGCAGGCAACCAAGUCAAUAAUCUCAGGAACAAACACUCACGCACUGACGGCCAAGGCUGACCUCCUCAAAGAGGAGAUGGACGAGGCCAUGAACAAAGUGGAGCUCUGCAAGGACCAACUCGCUGCAGACAUGUACAGUUUCUUCUCCAAAGAAGGGGACUAUGCCCGCUACUUCUUCGUAACACUCUUAGAAGCUCAAGCUGAUUACCACAGAAAGUCUCUCACUGUGCUGGAGAGCGUGCUGCCAACCAUCCAGGAUCAGCAAGACUCGUGGACGGAGAAGCCAGCGUUCGGCACGAUGCUGGACGAACACCUGAAGAGGAGCGGACGAGAGAUCGCUCUGCCGCUGGAGGCCUGCGUCAUGAUGCUGCUGGAGACCGGCAUGAAGGAGGAGGGUCUAUUCAGAAUCGCAGCCGGAGCGUCGAAGCUAAAGAAGCUAAAGGCAGCGCUGGACUGUUCCACUUCACAACUGGAGGAGUUCUACUCUGACCCCCAUGCUGUCGCUGGAGCACUGAAGUCCUACCUGAGGGAACUCCCUGAGCCUCUGAUGACGUUCCAGCUUUACGAUGAAUGGAUACAGGCAUGCAGCGUGUCAGACCCGGACAAGAGGCUCCAGGCUCUCUGGGUUGUGUGUGAUAAUCUCCCAAAGAACAACAAAAACAACCUGAAGUAUCUGGUGAAGUUUCUCGCCAAACUCGCUCAGGACAGCGAUGUGAACAAAAUGUCUCCGAGCAACCUCGCCAUCGUCCUGGGACCCAAUCUGAUGUGGGCCAAAACUGAGGGGAGUCUGGCUGAGAUGGCUGCAGCGACCUCUGUGCACGUGGUGGCCAUCAUCGAGCCGAUCAUCCAGCACGCUGACUGGUUCUUCCCUGAGGAUGUGGAGUUCAAUGUGUCCGGCAUGUUUGCGAUGCCCACGCCUGCAUCCAACCACAACAACCACCUGGACUAUGACUGUAGCACCAUCGAGAGGAAGAGGCCGGGCAGCAUGGUGGGACCAGAGAACGACUCGGCACGCAAAGAAAACACUCCUAACAAGUACUCGGACCACACCCUGCGUAGAGGCAGUAACACCUUAGGUAGAAAGCAGCACACCUCACCUGCCUUCCAGCCCCCUUUACCCCCUGUGGAGGCCCCCCCCUCAGCCGAGCCCUCGCCCCCGGCUCCAUCAGGGGGUCCGGGGCCCGACACCCAGCAGAGCCUCGCUCAGAGCCUCGCUGCCCUCGCCGCCGCGCAGCAGCUCCUAGCGCAGCACACGGAGGAGCUCAGCAUUUCAAAGCUGCGUGACCACACCCCGGGCCCGACCCCCCCGCUCCAGAGGAACGGCUCUGGAGCCGGGCAGCUGGGCACUGGGACCCCCGGGGCUGGACCCCUGGGGCCCAGUCCACAUCUGAUGCGCAGAGGUACCAAGAAGCAGGCUCCGCCCCCCCCCAAGCCGCCGAACCCCCCCCCCCUGCAGCCCUGUAACAUGACCAACCACGCCCCCCCCUCCUCCCACUGCCUCAGCCUCUCCCCCAGACCCGUGUCCUGCCUCUCCCCCUCCUCCCCCACCUCCCCCUCCUCACAGCCCUGUGCCACGCCCCGACGCCACUCCAGCAACCAGCCUCCCAUCCAGGCGCCCAGCCACCCUCCCCCCGAGCCCCCGUCACCCGCCAGUCCUCAAACGCAUCACGGGGGGCGGGGAGACCCUCAGAGCACGGAGCCCUCGCCCCCAGGCAGCCCCACCCCUCCAGACACCCCUCCACCCUCCACCACUGCUGCUGCCCAGGAAGUAGCUCCUCCGUCCCCGUCUCCCUUCCAGUCGGGGUCCCUCCCCCGGCCCAGACCCGUCCCCAAACCCAGGAACCGGCCCAGCAUCCCCCCCCCUCCACAGCCUCCCCCCACCCUGACCGGAGACACCAACGGGAUCUGUGCCACCGCCUACAAGAUGAUGGACCCGGCGAUGUCUUUCCGAGGCCUGAGUCGAGUGUUGGUCCCUGAGAUCGCUGUAGAGCAGCCGCCCCCCCCCCUGCUGCCAACCAGAGACUGUGAGCUGGACACUGAGAGCACCGUCCUGUAAAGAGGAGAACACACACACACACACACACACACACACACACACACACACACACACACACACACACACACACACACACACCUCCCUCUCAUUUAAUCUGCUCGUCCCAUAUCUGGAACCCCAGGACUUUAAUGUGACGCAACACUUCUGGAAACCAUGACAGAGGUCUGGCUCUCGGUAAAUAACGGCUAUAAAACCAGUUUCACCAAACUGAAAUGGGAAUCCAAUUUAUUUGAAGAACUAAACUUGAUUUUCUUGUCACAAGCAUAUUUCAUUUUUAUUGUAGCAAAUCUAGGGGCUCAGGGCUGCAACUAUCUUUUAUCUUUGAUUAGUCUGCUGGUUAUUUUCCCAAUGUAUAGAUUAUUCUUUUGGUCUGAAAAUAGUUUAAAUGUCUUGUUUUGACAGUCCAGAAUCCACAGAUUAAGUCAAAUCCAUAUUUAAGAGGCUAAAAAGAACAUUUUCUGCAUGUAAAAUGACUAUUUAUGUUGUAUUUUCUGACAUUGUCAUAGUUGGAUCUGAAAGACAUUCAAUAGAUAUUUACUUUAACAAUUUAAUAAUCCAUAAAUCAUUUUUAAAGCUAAAAAUACCAAAAAACAAGCUACUAGAAUAUGUAAACUAAGGUUUUUGGGAGCGCAUUUCAACUUUUUGGGGACAUCUUAUUGACCAAAUAAUUAAUUAAGAGACUAACCAGCAGAUUCAAAAAUAGUUGCAGCCCUUAUCAUGGGGGAUAUCAUCGUAUUAGACCACUCUUUAUGACCUCCAGCCACACCACCACCACCACCACCUUCUUCUUCUCUGUUUUUAAAUACUUAAUUUGGAGUCACAGAAUAUUUAAAUUACAUUUUGCUCAGUUGAGUUCAAUCUAAGAUCUAUCUAGUGAUCAAAAAACAACAAAACUCCAAAACCAAACCCCUUCUUCUUCAGGUGUCCCAGAGUUGCCGUCACUCGCCGUUAUUUACCCAGAGUCCUCGUGACCUCCAUCAUGGUAGCAGCCGGUGGGGAGCGUUGUGUCACUGAAGCCCCCCCGCUGCCCACGCCCGGCUGUCUCUACUCCGCAGACAAUCACCCAGCAGAGGACAAAAAAAGGACUUCUGACUCACCGCUAACACGUCAGAAAACGAGUAAAGAGCGUGGGUACCGACCGCGGGGGGAACGCCAACACAUGGACUCGUUUUGGACCUUGGUGUGAGGUUGUGUAUGUUUUUUUUAUGUUGAAAAAAGGCCUUAGAUCAAUAAAUGAAUUAAAGAAGAGGUAUUUCUACAGCACAGGGGGAUAUCAACUAAAACAAAAGGUCAGCAGGUGACGGAGAAACCAAAAACUGUUAAGGUGUGACUGCGGGUUUCCAGUCGUCUCAAACACUUGAUUUUUGUAUGGCAUCCCCUCACUCCUGUAUUUAUUUACCGAUUUAACACGCAUUCCCUGUGGCUUGACGUAAUUAAUGCAGUCUUUAAAUGUAAAUCAUGCCUUAAGGGUUCCUCCCAGAACCAACAUAUAUAUAUAUAUACAUAUAUAUUUACUGUAUCGGCUCCUAGUACUACAGUAUUUUCCAAGAAGCUGUCUUGGCAUCAGUUUGUUUCAGGGACGUGAGGAAGGUGACCCUCUGCAAUAGAAGUCUUGUAUUGUUAUUUAAAUGUGUUUUUUGGUUGAUUUCUUUGGGUUUUUAUAAGGAGAAGUAGCAACCACCGGCCCAGCCUGAACAGUCAGUAUUUGUUUUUGCCUUUUUCUGUUUAUUUUCCAUCGAUCCGUGUGUGUUUUGAGCAGGCUGUGUGUGAGUGAAUGUAGUGAAAGGUGUUUCCAGCCUGAACAGAAAGACGCACAAACAGCUGAUGUUGCACCCGAGCGCAGGCAAGUGGUUUAUGAGUGAAGAACUGGUUUAGAGAGGUUUUUUUUCUGUCUUUCCCACUGAGCUGAGAGCACGCAGCGCUGUGAUCUCUCAGUAGUGAAGUGGUGUCAGAUUUCGCCAGGUCAAAAAAAAAUGCUUUAUGAAAAAAAACGUAUCUCUGUGUAAGCUUUUGCUCUUCGGCCUCAGAUGUUCUGACCCAAUACGGUACCAAUGAAGAACGUCUUGGAUGCUGCACCUUCCCUGAAAAUGUUGGUUUUUUUCAGAGAAACUCGAGCGUUAUAAUCCCCCCCCCCCCCUUUCUUCUCUCUGCUGCCUUAUCCUGAAGACGAACAAACGCCAUUAAACUAAAAAGUGAUAAUGCUGCAUUUUAAAGCGCCAUUGUUUUGUAUGUAUGCCAUCUGGUGAGCUGAAAUAUGGAAUAAAAACAUGUAAUAUGAA